AAUCAAGACAAAUCUGAGUUUAAUAAGAAAGGCUGUUAAAAUGUCGGUUGGAUAAUUUACAGCCAUUUUCAUAUGAUUAUUAUUUAUAUAAAUGUUCAACAUCGCCAAGAGCAAGUUUUUGAGUCUUCUCAUUUCAUUUUCACCGAAGAACCUUAAGCCAGCCAGAUUGGUUGGUCAUACACACAAAGACAAAGACAAAGACAAAGACCUCAGAAGUCAGAACACACCAAAAUACAAGCAAGUUUUGGUCUUUAAAGUCUCCUGGAGGUGGAUAAAGAGAUGAGAUGUGAAUUAAACCAUGCUUGUUCAUGUGUUUUUGUAGAGUUGAGUUGAGGGAGAAAGUUUUAUUUUUGGAUAUAAAUUUGGAGUCUUCGAGGUAGUUGACUUGAGAUUUGAGUGGGGUUUGUUUUAAUUUAGCUCUUGACUAAUUGUUUUGAGGAGAUAAAAGAGGAGCAAAAUGAGUUGGAAGAGUAGAGGAGGAGGAGGGUUAGAGUCAGCUUCAAAGAAUUUAGUUUCAAAAAAAUGGACUAUUUUGAUUUGUUUUGGCUGCUUUUGCACAGGGAUACUCUUCUCUGAUAGUAACAGAAUGUGGACAGUUCCUGAAGUUAAAGAUAUACCGAGAGGAAUGGACGGUGAAGAAGAAAAGCUAAAGCUGAUUUCCGAGGGUUGUGAUACAGUACAUAAGGAUGCAAAGCGUGAACGAGAGGACAUUUUCGGGGAGGUUUCGAAGACCCAUCAUGCUAUACAAACAUUGGAUAAAACAGUCUCAAACUUGGAGAUGGAGUUGGCUGCCGCAAAAGCUGCACAGGAAUCAAUUAUUAAUGGUUCUCCCUUGUCAGACGACUCAAAGAUUAGUGAAUCAAGUGGUAAAAGAAAAUAUUUAAUGGUUGUGGGAAUCAACACUGCUUUUAGCAGCCGAAAGCGAAGAGAUUCAGUUCGUGCUACUUGGAUGCCGCAAGGUGAAAAAAGGAAGAAGCUCGAGGAAGAGAAGGGCAUAGUCAUGCGCUUUGUAAUAGGUCACAGUGCUACUUCGGGUGGUAUCCUCGAUAGAGCAAUUGAAGCAGAAGAUAAACGACAUGGUGACAUUUUGAGACUGCAGGAACAUGUUGAAGGUUACCUUGAAUUGUCAGCCAAGACGAAGAUAUUCUUUGCCACUGCAGUUGCUUUGUGGAAUGCUGAUUUCUAUGUCAAAGUUGAUGAUGAUGUACAUGUAAAUAUAGCAACUCUUGGAGCUACUUUGGCUAGGCAUCGAUCGAAACCCAGAGUAUACAUAGGCUGCAUGAAAUCUGGUCCAGUCCUAGCUCAAAAGGGAGUGAGGUACCAUGAACCCGAAUACUGGAAAUUCGGUGGAGAAGGAAACAAGUACUUCCGUCAUGCGACAGGGCAGAUUUAUGCUAUUUCUAAAGAUUUGGCAUCUUAUAUAUCAAUUAACCAGCAUAUGCUACACAAGUAUGCCAAUGAGGAUGUUUCUUUAGGCUCAUGGUUUAUCGGAUUGGAUGUAGAGCACAUUGAUGACAGGAGACUAUGUUGCGGUACCCCACCUGAUUGUGAGUGGAAGGCUCAGGCAGGCAAUGUGUGUGUUGCCUCAUUUGAUUGGAGCUGCAGCGGCAUUUGCAAGUCUUCCGAGAGGAUGAAAGAGGUCCACCGGCGUUGUGGCGAAGGGGAGAAUGCUUUGUGGAAUGCAGUCUUCUAAACAAACCAAAAAACAACACUUAUUCCAAGCUCAGGAGGAAGCAAGUAAAUGGCUUGAGGUUGUUUUUGAGACAUUGCUAAAGAUAAACAUUUGUAAUAUCGACACAUCGAAUGAAGCAGAUAUGCAUCGGACAAGGAGGAGAGAUUUUAGUUGCUGAGUUUUCUGCUCAAAUUUUAGACUAGCAGAGAGACUCAAAGGCAAUUUUAAGAAAGGAAACAUAAGAGUUUGUAUUUUAGCCAUUCUUUGAUCGCUCUCCUAGGGCAUUUUGUGAGAGUGCAGAGCUGAUGGAACCUUCUUAAUGAGUGCUGAUAUUGGGCUAAUAGCUUUUGCUGCCUUGUGGUUGAUGAAUUAGCGGCUUUUUGUAUUGCUUGUGAUAGAUUUGUACCUUGUCUAUGUGAUUGUAAAAAAAAUAGUGAUGAAGAUCCCCCUUCUGAUGCUCUCUUUCCUUGGUCUUCAGGAAAAGAAAAAUAAUGAUAAUAGACAUCGUAUCUCGAUACUAGCACUGAAAACAAGUUUAGCCGAAUUCAAAUAGA